CUCCCUUGCGCGCCACCCUAGUACACUCCACGCGCGUGCCAUCUCCAGUUCAAAGUUUGUCCGCGUGUUCGAUUCCCGCUCGGCAGCACGGGGCAGGAAGGAAGGAGAGAGGAAGCACGAAGGAAGGAGGAAGCAGGAAGGAAGGAAGAAGGUUCCGGCGGGACAGAGCCCGUCAAGGAGACGUGUUGGCGGGAUGAGACGGCGUCGCGCGCUGACAGUUUGGCGCGCACACUGCGGACGUGCGAGGAGACUGCUGUAGCGGAAUGUUGACGCGUUUUUCGAAUGCUCUGUCUUUGUCUCAUUGAUCCCAGUGGACCGGGACCCCGCCCGGAUCAGCAGCUCGUGUGAAAGAAGGUUGGAGGCGCCGGUGGCGCCAGCCUGCUGCUCGUGAAGGACCGGACGGGACCGGACCGGGGAGCACGUCCGUGGUCCUCAUUGGAUUUUAAAUGGAGACCCCCCUCCAUCCUGGUAGACGGACACUAUCGGACUGAGGACGCCCCCCCCCCUCUUAACCCCCCCACCUGCAGCCUCGUGCCUCCCGGGAAUUGGGAUAAAACUGGGAUCAGGAAGCUGCUCAUCGAUGACGGCUACUGAUGGACAGCUGGACGAGCCAAUGAGGGCCUUCCGUCAAUUGUAGCCCCGCCCACACGGGUUGCUCGCUCUCCCGUGAAAGAGGACUGCCCUCCCUCGCAGCGGCAUCAUCAUCAUGGAGCCGUCAUCGCCACUCCUCCCCCUGGUCUUUGCAGUGGCAUCCUGGCUCCUCCCUCUGUGCUCGGCAUCCAUGUUGUGUCCCAAACGCUGCACGUGUCAGAACCUGCUGCCCUCCUACACGGUGCUGUGCGCCAAGACGGGCUUGCUCUUCGUCCCUCCAAACAUCGACCGCCAGACAGCCGAGCUGCGUCUCAUGGACAACUUCAUCACCACACUGAGACACCGCGACUUCGCCAACAUGUCCAGCCUGAUCCAUCUGACGCUGAGCAGAAACACCAUCAGUCAGAUCCGGCCUUUCACCUUCGCCGACCUCCAGGACCUCCACGCCCUCCACCUGGACUCCAACCGUCUGACCACGCUGGACGACGCUCACUUCCAGGGCCUGGUCAACCUGAGGCACCUGAUCCUGGCCAACAACCAACUCCACAGCAUCUCCCAUGGAGCAUUCCAGGACUUCCUGGAGACCCUAGAGGACUUGGACCUUAGCUACAACAACUUGGCGGAGGUUCCAUGGGAGACCAUCUCCCUGCUGGUCAGCGUCAACACGCUCAGUCUGGACCACAACUUGAUUGAGAGCGUUCCCGAGGGAAUCUUCUCCAACUUGCACAAGCUGGCCAGACUGGACAUGACGUCCAACAAGCUGAAGAAGAUUCCACCCGACCCACUCUUCCUGCGCAUUCCCGUCUACGCCAAGAUGAAGGGCUCGCCGCUCAGCGCGCUGGUGCUGAGCUUUGGCGGGAAUCCGCUGCACUGUAACUGCGAGCUAGUGUGGCUGCGCCGACUGACACGAGAGGACGACUUGGAGACAUGCGCCUCGCCCAAAGACCUCGCCGGGAAAUACUUCUGGACCAUCCGAGAGGAGGAGUUUGUGUGUGAACCACCGAUGAUCACUCGCCACACGUCAAAGAUGUUCGUGAUGGAAGGUCAGGAGGUCAGCCUGCGCUGUAAGUCCAUCGGAGACCCGGAACCUUCCACGCACUGGGUCAGCCCUGACGGGAAGUUGAUGGGCAACACUUCCAGAACCGUCUGCUAUGAGAACGGCUCUCUGGACAUCCUCAAGGCAUCCGUCAAGGAUUCCGGAAAGUUCACCUGCAUUGCGUCCAACGCCGCCGGCGAGGCCACGGCGCCAGUGGAGUUAGUGGUCAACCCGUCGCCGCACUUUGACUCCAAACUGGAGGCCGACCCCGGGCCGUCGGAUGUACCCACAUCCAUCAAGUCCAAUAUCAGCGGCGGACAGGCGCGCUCCGACCAGCAGAGGGUCAGCGUCUCUGACCUCACAUCCAGCACCGCCCUCAUCAGGUGGCCUCCACAGAACCACAUUCCAGGCGUGCGCACGUACCAGAUCCAGUACAACAGCUCGACCGACGAUAUCCUCAUCUACAGGAUGAUCCCAGCCAAUCACAAAUACUUCUUGCUCAGCGACCUGGCGUCCUCUCGUGACUACGAGCUGUGCGUUCUGGCUGUUUACGACGACGGAGUCACGGCGUUGACGGGAACCAGGCUGGUGGGCUGUGUCGCCUUCGCCACCGAGCCCGAGUACGGCCGCUGUCACUCCAUUCGGGACCAGUUCCUGGGCGGCACCAUGAUCAUCAUCAUCGGCGGCAUCAUUGUGGCGUCUGUCCUCGUCUUCAUCUUCAUCCUCCUGAUGAAGUACAAGCUACACAGUAACCACUACAAGCACAAGAACGCCGCUCGCCACGCCAAUGUCUGCUCCCAGACCAACGGAGGAGGAGGCGGGGCCAGCGUCCUGGCUGUCCACCCGGUCUCCUCCACUGCGGGCCAAGGUGCUAAAAAAUGCAGCCAGUCAGCGACGGCGACGGACGGGCCGGCCGCUUCCCGCCGAGGGACGACUGUUGUGGAUUUAGAUCCCGCCCACGACGACGAUGCCGUGUCGCAAUAACGCACAACUAACUGUCAAUCAAGCCCACAAACCAAUACUCCACCUCCCCUCCCCCCAUUUUUGAUUUGCUGCUGGCGCCCGGAGCCGAGCUGGGCGGGGCGGCGAGGAGCGGCCCCUCAUUGGUGCCUUCCCGGGUCACAUGGUCACUCAGUCACGUGCCUCCAGUGAGCUCCAGAGUAAAGUGGACCAGAACCGAAGGAGGUCGGUCCCAGUCCCCCGAAGGACCCCUCUGGACUCGGCUCGGCUCCUCGGCCGGCACAAACAACGCCAAAGCCUCCAGGACUUUUCCUUCCGCUAUUGGGAGGAGGACACCAUGAGACGUGAACUUUUGUGGCAACUUCAUUCAGACGUCGUCUUCAUUGAGAUAUAUUCCCGUGAGGACGCACAAAAAGAACCUUGGCAGCUCUGAACAAGGAGCAAUGAUAUUAGCCCCCUCACUGUUGGCCUCGUCGUCUGUGUUGGUAUGUGCCCCCCCCCGCCCACCACUGUCUUCUUUGCUGGUUUGAUACUAUUCAGUUUCAAACAUCACUUGAUGCUUUGAUGGGAGCAAUGGUGUGGAUUUCUAAUGAAAUAAAAGGUAUUUUUAUUGGAACACCUCCUCAGUCUUCGU